AUGGAUGUUGGUACUAGAUGAAAUUUCCAAGAAAACAAUAUCUUCAGACAUGAAAAUUGAAAAAAAUUCCCAUGUUUUGUUUUCAGGCCUUCAAGAAACACGGACAUCAGUCGGAGACGAUUUGGUUGGCAGCGACCAAGAUCGAAAUCGAAAAUGACCAGUUCGACACGGCGCGCUCCCUGUUCCUCAAGGCCCGCACGAAGGCGCCCUCUCCGAGGUGAGGAAAUCUUUGCGUUUCGGAUCCUCGAAAGUGCGGAUGGUUUGAUAACCAGCACAUUCGUACGAUUUCUUAGUACUUUCUCAUGGUUAUUAUCGAAGUGAGUGUAGGUAUAUUCACAACUAAUAAUAUCUACCCGGCUCGGACAUAAUUAAAUUUAAAAGCAGCCAUUUGGGAAAAAUAUUUUCAUCAGAUGUCGGUUUCCAUUCAGAGAUUUCAAACGCUAAAGUCCGUUUUUCGCGACUCGAAAGGGUGAGAAUACUCUGCACCCUCCUUAUCUCUCGACGUCUCUCAUGGCUACGUGCUAUUUCCAUGUUUCUCUGUCCUUGCCGAUUUCUUGCCAAAGAGAUAAAUUUUUUCGAAUUUUCUAGGGUCUCUGCGAAGCUUAAAUUAUGAAAACAUUUCAUAAAGCGGCCAAAACUGAAGAAAAACUUGAUCGGAGAUUGUUGGAUUUUCAGCGUUUGGAUGAAGAGCGCCAAGUUCGAAUGGUGUCUCGGAAACUUGAAUGAGGCGAAAGAAAUUCUGGAGGAGGGAAUCUCGCGGUACGACGAUUAUCCGCGACUCUACCUCAUGCUCGGCCAAAUCCACGAGCAAAAUGGCGACUACGCCGCCGCCAGAUCCGCCUACACUUCAGGGGUGACUUUUCUCGUCCGAACGAUAAAAAACUUUUCCGUUUGAAGAUCAGAAAGUUGCCGGGCGUGAUUCCGUUGUGGAUUGGAUUGGCGCGAUUAGAAGAAUCCCAAGGGCAAAUCGUGAAGGCGCGUUGUGAUCUCGAGAAGGUAGAUUUUAAAUCUUGUUUGGAAAAAAUAAAAAUAGAAAUAGACAUUUUAUUAUAUCGAGCAUAUUUUCAGAAGAAUCAAAAUAACUGUAUUUUCUAUUAAUUCCUGUCGUCAAAUUUCGAAAGGAAAACGUAUCAAAGAUAGCUUGAGGCGGAAUCUCAAAGAAAAUCAAUCUCUUGAUUUAGCAUAUUGUUUUGCUAAACAUUCAAACUCCAUCAUCGAAUUUCAUUUCAUUUUUCAUUUCAAAGGUUUUUUCGCCAUUCCGCAAUCUGCACGACAAGACAAAAAAUAAAACGUCAAAUAAAUCUAACCGCUGAUCUGUGUAAAGUUUUUUUUUUCCAAUUAUGUGAAUCGGUUGAUUGCCACUUUUGAAAAACUUCCUUUAUUUUGUUCAAAACUUAUGGAUCAGUUGUAGGACAUCGAUAUUACCAUGUAAGUUGCAAUGUGCUCAUGAAAAGUUUUGAAGGCUCGGCUCCGAAAUCCGAAAAACGAGGAUUUGUGGUUGGAAUCUGUCCGUUUUGAACAGCGAGUUGGGUCUCCAGAGCUGGCAGCCGAAAGAAUGACUAGGGCUCUGCAGGAAUGUGAAGGCUCAGGUGAAUCCCAACACUCUUACCAACUUACUCCAAUGGGUUCCAGGGAAACUGUGGGCGGAGGCUAUUUGGAUGGAGGGUCCCCACGGACGCCGCGCCAAGUCCAUCGACGCCCUCAAACGCUGCGAACACAACCCUCACGUGCUCGUCGCGGCAGCGCGGCUUUUUUGGUCUGAAAGAAAGGUCUGCUUUUUUUGAAGAAGUAAUCUGAAAAGGGUGUUUCUCUUCUACAAUGUUUGCAAUAAACGACCCCUCGAAGUCGUUGACGGUAAUAGUUGCAGAUGAAAAAGGCGCGCGAAUGGUUUGUCCGUGCUGUGAACCUCGAUCCGGACAACGGCGACUCUUUCGCCCACUACUACGCCUUCGAAGCGAUCCACGGGAAGCCAGAAGACAGGCGGAAAGUCGUCGACAAAUGCGUCGCUUCGGAUCCUCACCACGGCGACCUCUGGCAGUCGAUCGCCAAGAACGUUUCUAACUGGCGCGCCAAGACGGAAGACGUCCUUCUGCUCGCCGCCGCCAAAAUCUCCGUCCCCACCUAA